CCUUUUGGUGGAUGGACACGAUGAACCUAGAUCACGAACGACAUUCAUCUUUCAUUCCCAAUCCAAGUUAUUUCCAGUCUCGCUUCAUUACGAUUUUCUAUCGCGACUCCUUACCUCACCCACCAUGUCCAACGCAUCCCUCAAGCCCAUCAUCGUCUGGGGCCUCGAGAUGGGCCCCAAUCCCCUCAAGGUGUGCAUGCUCCUCGAGGAGCUGGGGCUGCCUUAUGAGCACAAGAUCUUGGAUUUCCCGGACAUGAAGAAAGAGCCGUUCCUCAGCCUCAAUCCGAAUGGUCGUGUGCCUGCCAUCGAGGACCCGAACACGGGGCUCCGACUCUUUGAAUCGGGCCCGAUUGUGGAGUACCUCGUUGAGCAGUAUGAUAGAGAGCGGAAGAUCUCGUAUGAGAGCUUCGAGGAGAAGUGGCUGGUCAAGCAGUGGAUUGGGUAUCAGAUUUCAGGCCAAGGCCCGUACUACGGCCAGUACAUCUGGUUCGCCAUGAUCCAUCCCGAGAAACUGCCCUCCGCAAUAGAGCGCUACCGCGCCGAAGCCGAGCGCGUGCGCUCCGUGCUCGACCUGCACCUCUCGCGCCGCGCAGGCGAGACGCAGGGCAGCCGGGUCGCGGAGAGAGACGUCUGGCUCGUCGGCGACAAGUGCACUGUCGCGGACCUCAGCUGGUUCAUCUGGGAGCAGAUCAUGGACUUCGCGUUCGGUCGGUUGGAUGUGCAGAUUGAGAAGGGCAAGUAUCCGCACUACGAGGCGUGGUACAAGAAGCUCGAGGAACGACCUAGUGCGCAGAAGGCUAUUCACUGGAGAAACGAGGGAAUGAAGAACUUCCGCACCCCGCUGAGAGCUGACUGAAUUGCUUAAUUCAUAGGAUGAGCAUGUGGCUAGGCUUGGUACCUAGGAGUUGGAAGAUAGCUGCAAUUUCAGAAUGACUACGCUACCGAUGGUGUAUUAUCGUGCAGUUUCAUAUCUCCUCUUACAUAAAUGACAUCAUUUACAUCGCAGGUGGGAUUGUUACCUUUGCUUACAUGUACUUUUGAGAUGGUAAUGUUGUAUGAACUCAAGGCUCCGUAACCAUCCAUAUCUUACAUAGUAGGUUUUUCCAAACUCA